CCACAAUCUCACUCACACUCCGUGGUCGGAAGCUAUACAGCCUGCACUACACGGCUAGCUAGCUGAUUGAUCCAGCCAGGGGAGCUCAUGCGGUGAUGCCGAUGCCGACGAGCCGCCGGCCACGUCCUGCCGCCGUCCUCAGCUGCUGCUGCUUAGUCUUGGGCUUCCUCCUCCUUCUUCUCCCUGCCUCCCGCGCCUUCCCGCUCUGCACCGACCAAAGGGCGCCGCUGCCACUCAACGGGACGCUCGCCUUCUGCGGCUACGCCGGCGCCAGCUGCUGCGACACCGCCGCCGACGCCGCCCUGCGCAAGCAGUUCGACGCCGCCAACGUCUCCGACGCACCGUGCGCCGCCGUCCUCAAGUCCGUUCUCUGCGCGAAAUGCAACCCAUACUCCGCUGAACUGUUCGACGCCGGUCCAAACAUCAGACCGAUCCCCUUCUUGUGCAAUUCUACCUCCUCGGCGACUUCCGCCCAGUCCAAGGAAACAACAACACAGGACUACUGCAAGCUAGUCUGGGAAACCUGCAAGGACGCGACCAUACUCAACUCCCCCUUCCAGCCACCGCUGCAAGGAGGCGCGGGGCUACCCAGCUCAUCGUCGAAGCUUACCGAUGCCUGGCAGUCCGAAAACGACUUCUGCACGUCGUUUGGUGGCGCAGCUACUGACCGAUCAGUAUGCUUUGGCGGGAACACAGUUUCAUUUAACACUACUGAAACUUCGGCCUCUCCGAAAGGGGUAUGCCUAGAGAGGAUCGACAAUGGGUCCAUUCCAUACCUCAACAUGGUUCCUCACCCUGAUGGGUCUAACAGAGUCUUCCUGGGCACCCAAGCUGGGAAGAUAUGGCUGGCCACUGUGCCGGAGCAGGGUUCAGGAGGCACACUGCGGUUCGACGAGGCUGUCCCAUUCGUCGAUCUGACUGACCAGGUGCAUUUUGACUCUGCGUUUGGGCUCAUGGGCAUGGCAUUCCAUCCCGACUUUGCGACCAACGGACGCUUCUUUGCCUCCUACAACUGUGACAGGACAAAGUCACCCAGCUGUUCUGGCAGGUGCUCUUGCAACUCUGAUGUGGGCUGUGAUCCCUCGAAGCUUGGCCUUGAUAAUGGCGCUCAGCCAUGCCAGUAUCAGGCUGUUGUGUCGGAGUAUUCUGCUAAAGGUUCAUCAUCGAAUGUUUCUGAGGUGACGUCUGCUGAUCCGUCCGAAGUUAAAAGGAUUUUUACCAUGGGGUUGCCUUAUACAUCUCAGCAUGGAGGUCAGAUACUUUUUGGACCUACUGAUGGAUACCUCUACUUCAUGAUGGGGGAUGGUGGACAGAAAGGAGACCCUUUUAAUUUUGCACAGAACAAAAAGUCACUUUUGGGGAAAAUCAUGAGGCUUGACAUAGACAGUGCACCAGGACCGGGUAAAAUCACUAACCAAAGCUUAUGGGGUAAUUAUUCCAUUCCAAAAGACAACCCGUUCUCUGAUGAUAGUGGCUUAGAACCAGAAAUUUGGGCAUUGGGUGUUAGAAACCCUUGGAGAUGCAGCUUUGAUUUUGAGAGGCCUUCCUACUUCUACUGUGCAGAUGUUGGUCAGGAUAAAUACGAGGAAGUUGAUCUGAUCUCAAAGGGUGGAAACUACGGGUGGCGUAUUUAUGAGGGUCCACUGGUUUACGAUCCACCAUGGACACCUGGAGGAAACACAUCACUCAAGUCCACAAACGUCAUUCCUCCUAUCAUGGGAUACAACCAUUCCGAUGUCAAUAAAAACAUUGGAUCUGCGUCAAUCAUGGGUGGUUAUGUCUAUCGAGGAUCUGCUGACCCCUGCUUGUACGGAAGGUACUUGUAUGCUGACCUGUACGCAUCAGCAAUGUGGACCGGCACGGAGACCCCGGAGAGCAGCGGGAACUACACCUCCAGUUUGAUCUCCUUCGGCUGCUCCAAGAACUCUCCCAUACCCUGUGAGAGCGCUGCUGGGAGCCCUCUCCCGUCGCUUGGCUACAUAUAUUCCUUUGGCGAGGACAACAGCAAGGAUGUCUACGUCUUGGCGAGCAAAGGUGUCUACCGAGUUGUUCGGCCCAGCCUCUGCGGCUACACUUGCCCAACAGAGAAACCUGAGACGAACAAUGGGAAGGCGCCAGGUGGGGAUUCGUCAAGCGCGCCGGGUGCAGGAUUGGGCACGCAGAUGGGGGCACUUUUGCUGUCUGUUAUCAUGUCCUUGGUUUUGAUAAGAUAGGGGACUCUGCUACCUUGGGUCUUGGUAUUGCCAUAAGAUCAGUCCAUUUAUCUUGGUAUGUAUUUGUAGCACAUUAAUGAAUCACUCUAUGCACUAAGGUAACACGGUAUGAACAUUUACGUAGUUGGAUGUUUACAAGAGGAACAGAUGUGGAAAGAUAACUGUUCUCCAUAUAUAUUCCGAAACUGCAUUUAUUCCAUGAAAAGAUGAGAUGAGAUGAGGCUAACUUUUACUGAA